AUGAAUUUUAGGAACUUAGAAGAGUUCUGGGCCUUCUAUGUAAAUCAGCAGUCAAAACCAUCCAUGAGGCGUUGGCAUUUUGUGGGCACCCUUAUUGGAAUAUUCUUCUUGCUUUGCUCAAUGGUCUUUAGCCGGUGGCUCUUGUUCUCUAUUCCAUUCUUCGGGUAUGGAUUUCUUAACAAUGGAUUGGUAUGGUAUAGUCAUUUCUUCAUCGAAGGGAAUAUCCCGACAACAUUUGGGCAUCCAAUUUGGUCCCUAGUGUAUGAUUUGAAGAUGUUUGGAUUGAUGCUUACUGGGAAAAUGGAUAAGGAGAUCAAGAGGCUUGGAAAGAGUUACGGCCAUUUUUAUUAUAUGUUGUUGUUAGAGGAUUUUUUGGGGGCUUUCUGUGUUGGAGGAUUUGUUAUAGAUCUCAUCGUUGUUGAAGGAUUUGUUGGGAAUGGAGAUAGAGCACCCAUAUAUGUUAGACUUUCCUCUCAUGUCUCAACAUGCAAGACCGAUUCUUUAGUUCCCAAGGAUCAUCCACAAUAG